UUUUGUGGUAAAAUUAACCUGUGAAACGUUUCACCCUUAACUUUCAUCUAGUUCACCAAGGAGUGCGGGCAUUCUGCUGAACCAGGUGCUGUGAAGGGCUGUGAUUAGGGCGAUUGCGAUCGAAUAAACAUGGUGGACGUAGCCCGACAACUGCUGGAUGAGCUCAUGGGCAGGAACCGUAAUCUGGAUCCUUCUUCUUCGGCCAAAGAAGUCUCGUGGGUUGAUGAAGAGUUCUGUCCGUACUUCUUGGUAAAAUUCUGUCCGCACGAUUUAUUUGUAAACACUCGGGCAGAUUUGGGUCAAUGUACCAAACUGCACGACGAUGAGGCAAAACGGUUGUACGAUGAAGCCAAACCGUGCCGCAAGAAAGCACAGUACGAAGAAGACUUCCUACGGUUCUGUACCAAUAUGAUCAAUGAAGUUGAUCGUAAGAUUUCGAAAGGUAAGCAAAGACUUCUUCUCAUGAACAGCAAAACGGAUACUGGACGAUCCAUGCCAAAGCAUCAAGAGCAUCUGAACACACUGACGGAAAAGAUAAACAAACUAGUGCGGGAAGCCGAAGAAGCCGGGACGCGUGGCGACGUGGAGCAAGCCCAGGGUUUGAUGGAACAGUGUGAUAAGCUGAAAGAGGAAAAAGACGUUCUAGUGAAGCAACAUGAAUCAAACGGCUGGUCUGUAACGGCCGAAAUUGCGGCUUCACAAGAAAAACAGAUGGAAGUUUGUGAAGUGUGUGGUGCAUUUUUAAUCGUCGGAGACGCACAGCAACGGAUCGAUGAUCACCUAACGGGAAAGCAGCAUCUUGGGUAUUCAAAAUUACGUAAAGCAGUAGAUGAGAUGUACGAAGCGAGAAGAAAAAACACCAUCAAUAUAGAAGAACGUCGUUCCCGUGAUGAUGACCGUCGGAGGCGAGAGAACACUAGGCGUGAGGAGCGAAAAUCUCGAGAACGUGACGAGCGUCACAAUAGUAGACGAGACGAUCGCGAUCGCAAUCGUUACCGACGAGAUCACCGUGACCACAAAGAGCGUAACGAUCGCCACGAUAAUCGUCAACGUGAUCGUAAUUACAGACGGGAUCGCAACGAGCGCAGUGAACGAGAGCGGGAUCGUGAACGAGAUCGCAGUCGUAGCCGCAGCUAUUAGGUUCCGUUUUCUGCACUGAAUGGAAGCACUGCAAAUGUGCGGUACAACAACGUGCACACCGGUUGUGUAACUCCCCGGGCAUAUCUUCUACAGAACCGUCUCGUUUAUCUUGAGGUAUCCCCACUAAGAAUAGAAAACAAAAGCAAAAAAAUCCAAAUAUGACCAAUACACAAAAACCGAUAAACUAUCGAAACCCCUCUAGGAUCUAAGGUAAGUGAUCGUUUCUGACCACAGACUUUUAUUCACAUGUUCCUUUAUCUCAUAACCGAUUUCUAUCGCAUUACGCGUCCGCGGCCCCGUGUCCGACAAGACUGGUCCGUUCGCGUUUUCAUAUUUUGUCUUACAUACACUUACACAAAGAUCAAUCUAUUUGCAACUAAAAUCGUUUUCUAGACAUUUUUCGAUAGAUAGAAGAGUGCCUAGGCAAGUUCUUUGGCACUAGACCUUGCCUAGGUUACGAGUAGUUGUGGAAUAGUGUUCAAUUCGUCCGUUUCUACAAAUGCGUUAAUCCCUUGCGUGCGUCGAUUGAGAACUACCAUACAGAACCUUUAGAAAAAAAAGUGUAACUAACUGUUUAGCCAUGCCGUACCUAAAACCCAUUCUGCCUUUGCCUCAGACACGAUUCUGUGUCCAAUGCUUUUCGAUGAUGCCAGUCGAAUUACUCGAACGAUCGGCAGCUUGUGUUCGAUGCCAGCUAGCGUCGCACAUUCUUUUCUUCCUCUUUGUUUGUUGGUCCUGUUAUCAUUCCUUUUUUCUUAAUAGGACGACCCAAAUGGUCAUCGCAUGUGCGUACGACGCAGCAGAAUGAAUUUUCACUCAGUAACAUCGCGUCCUCCUCGUGCAGGUACCGUUUGCUAACCAUGUGUACGCUCUGUUUUCUUCUUUCUCAUCGUGAAUAAGAAUUUUCAGAUAAUCUAUAACAAAUUACCCCACGAGCGCUGUUUGAGCCAGCGAUUGUUUGGACGCAAGGUACACCAUGUAGGCUACAGUAUGUUUAUGUUCAGAAGUUUACAACAGCAGAGCUGCACUAUUAAAUGAAAACUUCUUCUCUUGUUUAUCUCUCAAAAUCAUAAACAGUACUCUGUUCGCCCAGUGGCAAAAUGCACUAAGCUCGUUGCUAUCUCGCUGUUUCUCGUGCAGUUGAAACGGUCAUUUCAUAUUACGAAAGUAGCGUGCCAACGCUGUACGUGUGAGGUAAUUGUUACCGCAUUUACUUAGGUUAAAGAAAGAGGCACGGGAAACCGUGUCGCGUAAAACCCUAAUGCCUUUUCGUUAUGCAGGACAAAGUAAGCGACGAUAUUAAAUUUGGGCAAAUGUGUGCCGUUAACAUUGUAGCCUAAAGGGCAAAACACUAACGGGCGGUAUACUGUUCGUGGAUUGUGGAUUCGAAACAAAUUUGAUCGAGGUAAAUGUGUGUUCCUCAAACGAGGCACGAUGAUGCUACACAGCAAUUCUUCUAAACAAUCUUCCAGCAGGUGUGCAGGUUACGUUCAGAUCAUUUUGUCUCCCCUGUACUCUGAUACAAUGAAUCGAAGGUAAAUUGGUCGUACACUGUAUGCGAAACUGAAUGUAUAAUAUUCGUGCUCUACUUCACACAACAUCGCAAUAUUCGCAGCGUGAGCAGAACUGUGAAAAUGAACUGAUUUCGAAGAAAAAGCUGCGAGGAAAAACUGUUGGAGUGCUUACGCCGCAGCCAAUAGAAAGAAACAAUGUAAAAACCACUCGCAAUAUCCGCUAGCUGGAAGUGAUGUCCCCUUUUUACCUGCAACGUUCUUACCAUUUGUUUUUGCUAGUGAAGUUGGAUAUUUUAUCCCGCUACCAUCCACACCACUAACUGGUGAUGGUGGAUUAAUCGUUGGUGGCUUUCUCGUCUUGCGUUCUCACCCUUUGGCGAAAUAUGUGUAUACCAAAAAACCAACCCGGCUACGAUGAACCUAACUCGAUUCGUUCGCUCGAUCCACCAUUUUCCGGCUCGCCAUUAGUGCCCUGUUAUACGAAAAUGAUGUAUCUCGAGGUAUUUAUUCAUAUAGCAUGUACAAUAACUAUUGUUUUAUUAUUAUUUCCUGUAUCAUUUCCCUGUAACAGUUGUAACGUACUAUAAGUAAUCAGUCCCAGACUCAUAUCUGCCCUAGUUUAUUGAACUUUUUGGUCCAUGAAAGAGAUUAGUUACGGAAAGUCAAAGUUUACAAUAAUUCUCUACCGUAUUAUCAACCCUAGUACUAGAAGCACUAGAAAGUUCGAAAACUGCCUAAUCAUUCAAGCGUUGUGCUUCAGAACGCCCCAUUGUGCGGUAGCCGAAAACAGGAAUAUUACUUGCCAUGAAUGUUAUUUUCAUCACUAAUUCGCUGUUUUCGUUUUCUUUCUUUCUU